AUGAUCCCGCUCUCCCAAAUCAAGCCCCGCAACGGCUUUCACUCGAAUGUGCCCCACCGAGAUCUGGCCCCAAAGACCGGUAUCCCGGACCCUUCCGCACGCUGGUUCCGCUAUAUAGGGGUCUUGCACCACCACACCGACAAGAACUCCAAACGACCACCACGUUCCACACUGUCUCCAAGUUCAGCUGGUAGCUCCAACCCGAACAGUGGGUCUUCUUUGAUCUCGCUCAACAUCAAUCUAGAAUCGCCUCCCGUCGUGCUCUACGGCCAUGCUCACGAGUCAACAGGAUCGCUCAUUUCGGGUGUACUUACCCUCAAUGUUCACCCACAGUUCUUUGGUGCUGCUCACACAGAUACCCUUUCACCUCAGACGUCUUAUGCCGAUCUAUAUCCGCAAAACUCGGCUCGCUCUGGGAGCUCCGAGGCUUAUUCUGCAGAUGGCCAAUGCUUGUCACCCGUGGCAUCCAGCGAUACCCGCGUCGAUGUCGAUUCGGUGGUUUUGCUGCUUGUCCAGACCAUGCACUACACCAAGCCGUUCAUUGUCCUGAAAAACACCUUGGCACAAUGGGACGUCUUGCUGCAGAACUCAUCGUUUCCAACAGGUUCCCACGCGUACCCAUUCUCUCACUUGAUUCCCGGGCUGUUGGCAGCAUCAUCUAAGUUAGGCAGCGCCCACUCGUAUACGUAUAUAAAAUACGAUCUUGUCGCCAUUGCAAAGUGCGCAGGCCGGGAAACGAGGGUGACGCUCCCCGUCAACAUUCUGCGCUCGAUUGUGCGGGGCCCUGACCGUAACUCGCUCCGGGUGUUUCCUCCUACCGAAGUUACUGCUAACGCGGUGCUUCCGGGAGUGAUGUACCCGAAAUCAACAUUUCCCAUCGAGCUCCGGAUGGGCCACGUGGUCAAUUCGCGUCAAGAUCGCCGAUGGAGACUCCGCAAGUUGCUGUGGAAGCUCGAAGAGCACACACAAAUUGCGGCCCAUUCAUGCCCACAACACACACACAAACUCAAGUUAAUUGAAGAAACGCAGCGCAAGGCCCAGCUCGCAAAUGCCUUGCGGACCGGCACAAGCCCCAAAAAUGGAGCAAGCCCGAGCAUGGCUGGGAACGGGCCCAGCAAGAGCAACGGUAUGCACCAUCUGACAAUUCAGACACUGAUGUUUGUGAGUCACCCGCCUGCAAACACACAAGGCGCCAUUCGAGCCGCGGCUAUAGAUGCUUCCAAUAUGAACGACGUUCCAGUUGGCAAUCACGAUAUCGUGGAGCCUGAAGAAGAAGUGCCAACAAACAGAGUGUUUGACGAGGUGGUGCACUUUGAAGAGGACUUUGGCAACACAGCGGCAAGUCAAGGCGAUGAAACGUCUGACACCGGAGAUGCAACUCCAGCAUCUCCAGCAGAGCUUGAGGCUAUCUCCAACGUGAAUUCUCGUACCGACUCUCCCGCACAGCUCUCUGGCGAAGAACGCAGCAGCGAAGCUCUUUUUCAUGAUGAACUCCGUGUUGUGGCGCAUGGUGACAUCAAAUCAGGAUGGAAGUCAGACUUUCUGGGCGAGGGCACCAUCGAGCUUGUGGCAGAAAUCUCGGCCCUCGAGUGCUCCAGCGGGAUCAAGCUGCAUUCCAUGAAGGCGCUGUCUGAAGAUACGCCGCCCAACGAAUUGCUUGAAGGGCUCCGGAACGAUGCGAACAUCUCGUGCGACAUUGACGACCCAGUGCUAGGUGUUUACGUUGGGCAUGUUUUGGUAUUGGAGGUGAUAAUCGCCGAGGAGAUUGUCCUGCACUCCAAGCACUCGCAGGUUCCCAAAGAGGGCCUUACGCCCGUCGAGUCGUCCAGCUCCGUGGUAUCUGCGAGCAACGUGAUGGGUGUACCCACUGGCGCCGCCCGUGUUUUGCGGAUGCAGUUCAAGGUGGUAAUGACCGAGAGAUCCGGGCUUGGUAUAGCUUGGGACGACGAGGUGCCCCCAAUGUACGAGGAUGUCCGUGCCUUGAGUCCUCCGACAUACGAGACCCUGGCUGUGGGAACGCCCAACUCACUCCAUGGAUUACUGCCAGCUCUUUCUGGGCAAAGGACGACGCCGUCUGUCAUAUAUGGAUUGGGCGACACGCCCGUGGUGGGCUCUUUUGUGCCCAACCGGACUGUGCACAGCAUUGAUGCAAUGACAGACUUAGAUGAUAGCGUUCAAGAGUUCAGACUCUAG